UGGCCACAGCUCAUCUAUUGCUGUUAAAGUUCGUGGGCUCAAUCUGACCCAAAAGAGAAUAACGGUCCAGCUCGCCAUUAGACUACAGGUUACUGACACUCUCGUGGCACACGACGCGACAGUCGUCCCUUUGCCCCCUCCACCGGGCACCUUGGAAAUUCCCGUACGCGGAUGACCAUGUCCCGAGUGUCCAGUCAAAAUGUUUUGGCCGCUAUAGUCUACACGCGGACACACACAGGACGCGCGGACUCGCUUCCUUCACCGUACCAUUUAGUCAGCCACUUGCUUGCGCCUUGUCAUCCCAUCACCGCUGAUUCACCCCCUUCGUUAGUCUCGUCGCGCCCGCCCAUGGCUCCGUCCUUCUUCCUGCUGCUCCUCGUCUCGUCGGCGCCGUUGGUGCUUGCGGCGGCGGCAGCAGACGGGCAAGGAGGGGAGCCCUGCCCGACCGUGUCAGUGCCAUGCGGCGAAGUGAACAUCACCUUCCCGUUCGCGAUCGUCCCAGAUGAGGCGACGGAGGCGAGCUGCGGCGCGAUUGGGUUCCAGGUUAUUUGCCAGAACAACACCACCCCGUUUCUCGGUUACAGUCGGCGCUACAGCGCCCACCGGCUCCAGAUUCUCCACAUCUUCUACGACAACGCCUCCUUGCUCGUCGCCGAUGCCGAGAAGCUCCAAGAUUUCAGUAACCCUACUUCGGAACGCUGCCACGCCACGUCGGAAAACAGCUCCUCCAAACUCGGCCUGCCGUUCUCGAUCGGUGCCAUGAAUCGGGACCUGAUCUUGUACGACUGCACGAAUCCACUGCCGGAGGAGGAGCGGCGGAGAGAGGGGCUUGCUGAGAUGAGCUGCGGGAACAGGACGUUUGCUCGCGUCGCCACCGACCGUUCCGACGACGACCGGGGAGGCUACGGCGGCUACUUUCUGGAGGGCUGCAACGCUACCGUCGUGCCGGUGCUUGCGAGGUCCGGCGAGGCGAACGCAAGUAACUACAAGGAGCUCAUCAGUGACGGCUUCCUCCUGACAUGGCCGGUGCCAAAGCGAGGACGAAGAAGGAAAAGCAAAGCUAUAAUUGGAGGUGGAAUAGGAGGUGGUGGUAUAUUAUUGGUGGUAGCAUGCCUCUUCACUUUUGUCUGGCACAAGCGCAAGAGGAGAAAACAAGCUAGAGGUCCCGAUAGAAAGAGUGGGAAACUAUGUCAUUUCCUAUGCAAAAAGACUAGCAGCAGCACUGAAAGGAACAUUGAGGCCCUAAUAGUAUCGCAUGGGUCCCUAGCUCCAAAAAGAUACAAGUACUCAGAAGUAAUAAAGAUAACGUCUUCCCUUAAUGAUAAGCUUGGGGAAGGUGGUUAUGGCAUAGUUUUAAAAGGAAGGCUAGAUGACAGUCGUCUAGUUGCUGUGAAAUUCUUGCAUGAUUCCAAAGGUGAAGGAGAGGAGUUCGUGAAUGAGGUUAUGAGCAUCGGCAGGACCUCUCAUGUUAACAUUGUUAGCUUAUUUGGAUUUUGUUUGGAAGGCUCGAAACGGGCCCUAAUAUAUGAGUUCAUGCCCAAUGGUUCUUUGGAUAAGUACAUAUAUUCAGAGAAUCCGAAAGCAGUUCUAGGAUGGGAAAAGCUUUAUACAAUAGCAAUUGGGAUUGCUCGAGGAUUGGAAUACUUGCACCAUAGUUGCAAUACGCGCAUUGUUCAUUUUGAUAUCAAGCCUCAAAAUAUUCUUCUAGAUCAGGAUUUUCACCCAAAGAUUGCUGAUUUUGGUUUGGCCAAGUUGUGUCGCACCAAGGAGAGCAGGGUUUCUAUGACUGGUGCUAGAGGAACAAUUGGGUUUAUCGCUCCUGAAGUGCACUCUCGAACCUUUGGAGUUGUUUCAACAAAAUCAGAUGUUUAUAGUUAUGGAAUGAUGUUACUAGAGAUGGUUGGAGGGAGGAAAAAUGUGAAUUCAGUGGCUCAAAAAUCAAGUGAAAAGUAUUUUCCACAUUGGAUUUAUGACCACUUUGGUCAGGGUGAUGGAUUACAAGCAUGUGAAUUCUCAAGUGAAAAUGAAGGAAUAGCCAGGAAGAUGAGUGUGAUCGGCCUGUGGUGCAUCCAAAUAUUACCAAUGCAUCGUCCUAACAUAACAAAGGUUUUGGAAAUGUUUGAGAGAGGUUUAGAUGAACUGGACAUGCCACCAAGGCAAAACUUCAGUCAAAUACUCCAGGAUCCACUUCACAGUUUGAAUGGAGAAAGCAUGAGUACAAGCAGUGGUACCAAAACACAAGUGCUUAGCGAAGUGCUAAGGAUGAAGGAUACAAGCAAUGUGAAUUCAAAAACCUUACGGCGGUUACCAACUCUAUGAAAUGGUCACCACCAAACAUUUGAAUUAGGCAGUAAACUUGUCUAUCCAUAUGAGUUGAAAUCUGAAGUUGCUGUGAUACUUGUUUCAAAGGAAAGGCUUCUGGGCUACUAUAAUAUUUGACAGCCAAAGUCGUCAAGGCUACAAUAUUUUUGACGUAGUCCUAACAUAUCAAUAUCAUGCGUCUGCACCCCCUGUAGUCAUCCAUCACCCAGAAGUAUUCAUCAUGGCGUUACACAUUCUAGAAACAUCGAGGCAUUGCAGUUCUGGAGUUAUGACCUUAGUAGAGUCGAGCAGCAUAUAGUUGGAUCCUAGAUUAAUGGUAUGUUGAAACAAUGGGAAUGUAGCCGAUGGUAGCCAUGACUCAUGACAAUGUAAAACUGAGGCCGAAAGGGGCAUAAAUUUCUCUUGAAUAUUUGUAUUAGGUUCGAAAUAGGUGCAUCAGUUCUAAAGUUUUGUCA